AUGGCAGAGGCGUUAGCCAUACUAGGCCUGGUGUCCAACAUUAUCUCAUUCAUCGACUUCGGUUUCAAGGUCGCUUCCGAAGCGCAAAAUGUGCGCAGCUCGUUACACGGAACUACCACUGAAGUUCGCGAGCUCGAACUUAUCGUAGAUGAAGUCAGCCGUUACAACAAAAUUAUCACACAACAGAAAGAUGGUGGUCAGAAGCUAACAGACGAUGAGAAACUCAUUCUGCAGAUGGCCGCACAGUGUGAGAAUAUGGCAAACGGCCUACGCCAGGCUAUCAAGAAACUACGUAUACGACAAGGACGUUCGAAAACAUUGGAAAGCGGUCGUGUUGCUUGGGGAUGGUGGAAACAAAAAGACCACAUUGCCGACCUACUGAGAAGGCUGGACAGUCUGGAUCAAAGGCUGCGAAGGCACAUCGAGAAUGUCAUUCGAAGUGAGCACCAUUCGGCUAUAUCUGCGGAGCUAGAUCGCAUCAAAAGGAUGCAGCAUACUCUCAACAUCAAUUAUGACGCGAAGAUGGACAUGUUGCGAGACGAAAUUCUUGAUCUCGUACAGCAAACGGGAGCUCAACAAACAGGUACUUACCAGAUCGAUCCUCUAGAGUUUGAUACUCAAGAGAUCGCCUUACGGACUGCUCAGCUUUCUAGUCUUAGAACCAAACUCGAAGUAUUUCCCAAGGAACACCAUGCAUGCAUCCAGCAGAACAGAGUCAUAGAAAGCUUAUAUUUCGAGGAGAUACGGAGACGGUGGAACCAGAUACCGCACGCAGACGAAGCCUCGAACGCUUGGGUAUUCGACAACACACUCACACCAUUCAACCACCGGCUGAGUAGUAAAGAAGCGUCGGACGGACUGUUCUGCAUCACUGGUCGGGCAGGCAGUGGCAAGUCUACCUUACAAAAGUUCAUCGCACAGGAUCAACGCACUACGAAAAGUCUCAAAGACUGGGCUAGCCCAGCUCAACUUUGCAUUGCAAGCUACUACUUCUGGAACCAAGGCUACGAGAUGCAGAAGAGUCAGGAAAUGGAUGAACUCAAGGCGAUUUUCGAACGUAUCGCUGCUCAAAACGACCUUGAAGUCAGAUUCUGCUUCUUCAUUGAUGGUUUGGAUGAGUACAAUGGGGCGGAGGAAGACAUCGUUGAAGUUCUGAAGUUUCUCUCCGCUUCCGAAGCCAUCAAAGUAUGUGCUUCUACGCGCCCUCGAUCUGUCUACCAAAAGUUCUUUAGUAACAGUUCCCGCACGUUUGACAUCGCGAAAUUCACGAAGGAUGACAUGAGAAGACAUGUCCGGCUUCGGCUGUCUGAAAACGCCAACUUUCGAUGUCUGGAAACAACAGAAUUUGCAUGCAAAGAUUUGAUGGAGCGUAUUGCAGAACUUGCGCACGGCGUCUGGCUAUGGGUUUUCUUGAUCACUCGUGAUCUCGAACAAGCUGUCAAUCGAGAUGAGGAUGUCGCAAUGCUAUGGAAGAUCGUUGACCAAUUGCCCCCCGACCUGAAAGCGUAUUUCCAACGCAUCAUCCAAUCAGUAAGGCCUCAAUACUUGGAAGAGAUGUCGCAGAUAUUCCUUAUUACGGUCGAUGAGCUCCAACCUCUUCCAUUGUACGCCUUCUCCCUACUUGAGCAACAGCGCUUGGACAACAGCUUCGCAGUGAAAACACCAGUACAACCUUUAUUUGAAGAACACCUGCUGGAUCAAUAUCCAAGAUGGAAGUCGCUCAUUCAGAACAGAUGCAGUGACCUGCUUGUGGUCAGCGAAGAACGACACCCAGUGUUCCUCAGUCACCCAGUCGAUUUCCUGCAUCGAACGGUUCGUGACUUUUUACAGGAUAACUAUUACAAGCAGUUGAAGGAUAACCUCAAGAAUGAGUUCAGCGCUACGGCUACGCUAUGCAAGAUCUGUCUGGCCUUGCUAAAAUCACUCCCAAACGUGGAUUUCGAGAGCAAGGAAUCGAUAAAUCGCGUGAUCGGCUUGACGGACGAGUUACUGUACUAUGCUUACGAGACUGAACGCUCCGAUCAGUCAUCAGACGUGCCUCUCCUGGAGGUGCUCGACGAGGUAGACCGCACGAACUCUCACCACGCAAGUAAGAUAAGAAAUCACUGGACGCAUGGCCGUGACCCAGGAACUGCGCGGGGUUUGGAUGUUUACCGAGAGGGUGAUAGCUGCAACUUCCUGGCUUUGGCGGUACAAUCGCGUCUCGUAAAAUACGUCCACGCUAAAUUGAAAGCCGACCCGAGCAACAUGCAAAAGCGCGGACGACCGUUACUCGAUUAUGCGCUCCGCCCGCACCGGAAAACCCCUAUCAGCAUGCCAUAUCACUCUAAACGAGAGGAUCCUAGUCUUAACAUCGACAUGGUACGAUUGCUGCUAGAACAUGGCGCAGAUCCGAACCAGGCUGUUCAUCUGAACGGCAGCAAGACCGUCUGGGCGCUAUUCCUACUAUCACUGUAUGAGUCUACGAAUCGUGCGACAGGUGUCGCCCAAAGUUCAAACAUCCCGCCGAGCUUGACAGAAGCACGGUAUCAAGCUUGUGAACUGCUCAUCCAAUAUGGUGCCCAUAAAAACUGCGCACUAGCCCGUAACCGCCCAAAUCUGACAAGACAGGCCAUUCUGGAGAGGGCUUUCGGGUCCGCAAGAGCUGAGGCUCUGGAAGAGUUGUUGAACGAACACGCGCGAGAUUCAGAGACGUCGACUGGAUCAUGCGCAAUGAUGUAG